AUGGAGUGGAACAUGAAACCUAAUUCUUGGGAUUUGAGUGACUUCAUUGAGGAAACUGAAACAAUCAUAGAUGCAAUCAAUGGCAAUGGACCAAGUGGUUCCAGAGGGGAUUUCAGAGUCGAUUUGAUGCUUGGUCAUGUGGAUUCUUCGAGUUCAAAGAAGACUCGAUCGAGUAAUAACAUCGGGACUCGUCCUGUUUCAUGCCUUGUCGAUGAAUGCGAUUCGGACCUUAGUGAAUGUAGAGACUAUCAUAGGCGCCAUAAGGUGUGUGAGCUCUAUUCCAAGACUGCACAAGUUAUGAUCAAUGGCCUAAAGCAAAGAUUCUCUCAACAAUGCAGCAGGUUUCACUAUGAUGGGAAGAGAAGCUGCAGGACACGUCUCGACCGACAUAACCGGAGACGAAGGAAGCCUAAACCAGAUCCCUUCUCGCGUCCUCGAAGCUAUUUAUCCGAUUACCAAGGUUCCCAGAUGUUGCCAUUUUCUAGUGUGAUAGCAUAUCCGACCACCACCGUGGUGAAAACUACUUGGCUGGAAGUUAACGAAUCGUCAACUGAGUCUCGAUGUCUUAACCCAAAGCAGUUGUUAAACUCACUUGUGAAACAAAGCCUUGUUCUUGGAUCCUCUUCAGGCAACUACAAGGAAGGUAAGCAAUACAUGUUCCUACAAGGGGAGGAUCAAACACCUGCGAAAGCUUCCGUUUUCCAGCCGGUUAUAGGGGCUGUUGCGCCUUUCUUGGAAGGCAAUGGGAGCUGCCAUAGUAUGUUGUGUGAUUCAGAUUGUGCUGUCUCUCUUCUAUCAUCGCCCCUGUUGCAUACAUUUGGGAUCGGUUCGAGUAACACGGUGCAGCCGACAUUCCCCUCGGUGCGAUCCUUAGGUCCUAGCCAUCAAAACUACGUUAUAGAGCCCAUGGGUUCGGUUGUUGCCAAUGGAAGGGAGACUGCGGUCCACGGGACAUGAAUGUUUCACAUGGACUCUGGUGAAUCAUCUGGAAGUGAAGCCCCUCAAACUCUUCCAUUUCAAUGG